UUUGAGAGAAGACGUAACGUUACGUUACUAGAGAUGAAUUUCACAGAAGCUAUGAAUGUUGUGCACAACAGAAUCCAUGAACUUGAACCAGAGAAUGCAUCGAAGAUCAUCGGUUAUCUCUUGUUGAUACAAGACCACAACGAUCGUGACAUGAUCCGUCUCGCAUUCUGUCCAGAUUCGGUAAUGCGUUCCAUGAUCAACUGUGUUAAAUAUGAAUUGGCUAAAAACUCUCAUUACAACGUUCCUUCUUCUGAUCACAUUCAAAUCCGUAAAUUCGGAUCAUUCACCGGUUCAUCAAACCAAUCUCUUUUGGUUUUUGUCUCUCCUCCUUCGGUUCUUUCCAUGGGAACAAGUUCUUGGGAGAAUACAAACGACAUGGAUUCAUCAUUGCAAAACAAUGUUCAGUUCUUGAAUUUUGAGGAUUCUUCUAUAAACAGUCCUGAAUUCUCAACUAGUUUCUUCUCUCAGGAGAAACGACAAGGUUUGUGUUUGAGAACGACUCGAAGAUCACCGAGCUUACCGGAGUUUCCAGUCAAAAUAUGCCAUUACUUCAACAAAGGGUUCUGCAAACACGGCAACAACUGUAGGUACUUCCAUGGACAAAUCAAACCGGAGAGAGAUAGUUUUUCUCAGAUGUUCAAUCCAAACAACAACCUAAGCGACGAUGAGCAUGUUGUUUCGUCUUGUUCUCUUGAGAAGCUAGAAGGAGAGAUCAUUGAGCUACUCAAAUCAAGAAGAGGUGCUCCAAUAUCCAUAGCUUCAUUGACAAUGAUGUACUAUGAGAAGUAUGGUAGGACCCUUCAAGCUGAAGGAUAUCUAACAGAGUCACAAAGACAUGGCAAAGCUGGCUAUAGCCUUACCAAGCUUCUUGCUCGCUUAAAGAACACCAUCCGCCUCAUCGACAGGCCUCAUGGGCAACAUUCAGUUGUACUAGCAGAAGAUGUAUCAAAAUUUGUGGAAUACGAACAGGGAGCGAUUCUUGCUGGUUCUAGACAGAUUUACUUAACAUUUCCGGCAGAGAGUAGUUUCAAUGAAUAUGAUGUUUCAAACUACUUCUCCAAAUUUGGACCAGUGGAAGAUGUGAGGAUGCCUUAUCAGCAAAAGAGAAUGUUUGGAUUUGUAACUUUUGCUUACACCGAAACCGCCAAACACAUUCUUGCUAAAGGAAAUCCUCAUUUCAUAUGUGGAGCUCGUGUUCUAGUAAAGCCAUAUCGGGAAAAAUCAUGCUCCAGUAGAUACAUUGACAAUAACAAGCCUCUACUCGACAUCCGAUAUGGAUCUCGAUACAUUGACAAAGACACAGAGAUGAACACUAUGCCAAUGCGGGUUAGUGAGAGCUCAAGACUAGUGAAAAAGCAAUUUCUUGAGGAACACAAGCAAUCAGUUUCUAGGUCCUUACCUAGUGAUUACUCCUAUCUCGGUUUCUCUUCCAAUGAUUUCAAGCUAACAACAGAUGAGGAGGAACAAGAAGAACAAGCGGGACGGUUGAGCUAUCUUCUGGAUUAUUUAAACACCGAAGAUAACAUUAUGAACACAUGCACUACCUACAAAGACAAUGAUAGGAGGAUACACUGUGAAGCUUUAGACAGCCAAGACUUAAAUCUACCCGAUAGUCCAUUUUCUUCCCUUUUCGGGAAGGAGAUUUCUCUGGCUACAUAGAGAGACUGUUACAACGAACCAAAGUGAAAAAGGAAAAUAGGAGCACAAAGGUUAGAGGAAAUUUCAAAAAAAAUAAUCACUUCACAUCAUCUUUGUCUUUGGCCUUAAUUAGAGUACUGGUUGGUCGAUGGGAGAGGCCGAGAGGGAGAUUUUGGGUUUAGAGUGUUUUAAUUAGUGGAUGGCAUCGAGAAUAUUAGGUUCUUUAGCAAUACCAUCACAUAGAAUAACGGGAGACGAAGAGACACACAACAUAAAGAAUCUGUUUGUACAACAAUAAGAGGUGAGCACAGUUAAUGAGACACACAUGGAUUAUGACUAAUUAAAAACGUUUAUGAUGGUUUAGUUUUCUAUUGGGUUUUUUAACCUUUGCUAUGCAAGGCU